CAGUGAGCACCCGCCAGCGCGCACCUGCCGCAGCGCCGCCAACUCCGCCGCACCGCUGCACCGGUUAUUUCCGUCGCCGGCAGUUCGCGACUCUGCCACCGAGUCGCUUCAGGUCGCCUCCCCAGUGUUAAGUGUGGUCGCGCGCUCCGGAUACAGACAGUGUUAGUUUGCGACGCUGAGCGGAUCGUGACCGCUCUUUCUCCGGUACCGAGUUCGAGUCCAGUGACGGCAUGACGGACUGCAGCGGCGGCGGUGACCGGUGAGCGACGAGUGGGCCCUGAGGCUCUCUGGCUGGCUGCGACCAAUGCAAGUACUCCUCCUUGCAGACGGUGAUCAUCUGAGCGAGCGGCAGCCGUAGCCAUGGGCAGCAGCUGUUCCUCGGGCCAGGCGCACAAGGACAAGGACUCGGUGUCCACCCGCUCUGAGGACUCGCCGAGUUACCAGGCGGCGGCGAAGCGCAACCACAGCGGCGCAGGGCUCGACCCGUACGCGGGUUCUGCGCCCGCCUCCGCCGCCGCCUCGGCGCAGCCCCCAGGGUCUGCCGCCACGCACUCCGGCGUCAUCCUCGAGCCCGCCAACAUCGACACGGCCAAGCUAGCGGGCGGGGACCAGUGGACCACAGGCAUCUCGACGGAGAGGAAGCUCAGCAAGGAUGGGCUGGCCAAGGUACGCGGCGUCGCCACCUCCAGCAUCUCAGCGGACUCGAUGUCGCUGUCGUCGCCGCCGGCGCAGAGCCCGCGGGACUCUGAGCGCGGGCCGCCGUCCUCGGCGGCGCCCUGCUCGGCGACGCCGUCGUCGGCGGCGCUGCAGCUGCCGCCCGAGGUGCGCCGCCUGCCCGAGGGCGCGCGACACCUGCUGCUGGGACACGUCGCCGCCGCCAGGGUCGCCCCGCGCUGCCGCAAGAUCGCGCUCUACGUCUGCGCCGCCGACUCGCAAGACUGCUGCGUGGAGAAGGGCGCGCUGCACAACAAGGUGUACCCGGCGGUGCGCGCGCGCUGUCGACAGCGCGGCUAUGAACUGCACGUGGUCGACCUGCACUGGAGGACGGCGCUGGAGAAGCAGCAGGACCACGAGUUCCCAGAGCUCUGUCUGGGCGAGCUGGCACGCGAGAUGCAGACGGCGUACGUGGUGCCGGUGCUGUUCCUGAGCAACUCGCUGGGCACGCCGCUGCUGCCCAACACGGUGGAGACGCAGGACUUCGAGAUGGCGCUGGAGCGCGCCGACAACAAGGAACUGCUGCGCAAGUGGUACCGCCUCGACAGCGCCGCGCAGCCGCCCUGCUACCGCCUGCAGCCCACCGCGCUGCACAUACCCGGCUUCAAGGAGAACUGUCCAGAUGAAAAGGAGAGGGCGCUCAGCGAAUGGCGCUCUGAAAUUGAACGCACACUGGCUGUCAUGGUUAACGUCUUCCCACAAGAACUCCGAGACACAUACCUCACAACGGUUGUGGAACAAGAAGUUCACAACACCGUCUGUAUGAGCCAAGAGCUUGCACGUCGCUGCUUGUGGCUGUAUAGACUGUAUACGCACACAGGACCAACCACAGAGCCAUCGACCCCAGGUGAUGUGGAGCUUCUGCGGAGACUUGACACACUGCACAAAGAGUUAAAGACUCAGUUAAGUGAAAAACAUAUACUGCGGAUUCCAGUGCGAUGGGUAGAAGGAGGCCUCAACACUCAGUUGCCAGAGCACGCACAGUAUGUUUCAGAAGUGGUUACGCAGCUCACUACUCAUCUCAAUUCUGUAAUUGAUUCCAUCAUUGAGGAGGAUCAAUCCAAGAUGGUGCUUAAGUCCAGCUAUGGCAUCAGUGGACAGCUUUUGCAGGAGCUCAUGUUACAAACUGGUGUGUGUCAGCAAGCUGCUCAGAGCAGUGUGAACCGUGAAGCUGUGCUCAAUGAUAUUAGAAGCUACCUGACAGGUGAUUGUCGACAGCCACUGAUUCUGUCUGGAUGCCAUGGCUGCGGGAAGAGUACACUCAUGGCUCGUGCUGCUCAGUGUUGCCACACUUGGCUACCUGAAGCAGUGCUUGCAAUCAGAUUUGUGGGAGUGUCUUCUCGAAGUAGAACAGUGGAACAGCUGCUCUCUGGAAUUGCUGACCAGAUAUCUGUUGUGAGCGUGGGUCACCAGUGUUGGGCUACACAGAAUGUGAAAAGCCUGUCUGAGAAGUUACCAGCUCUUUUAGCUGCAGCUUGUUUACAGCGUCCCCAGGUCAUCAUGAUAGAUGGUAUAGAUCAGAUAAGAGAGUAUGGCUCCAAAACAAUAGACUGGCUUCCGCUUACUCUACCAGAGAGUGUCAAGUUAAUUGUGUCCGUAGCUGAUGACAGUCCUCUCUUCACAGAACUAAAGGAGAGGUUUGGUGCAAAGGCGCAGUACAUAAAAAUGCCUGAUUUGGGAAAAGAAGAAGCAGAAGCUAUCCUGAUGGCAUCUGUUAUGCAAUAUAACCAUAGUGUCAAUAGCCGUGUACAUGACUGUGUUCGUUCAUCAGUGCAGAGCUGCACAUUGCCACUGUAUGUAAAGGUGCUGGCAUGGCAGACAUCAUGGUGGUCACACACAGACCACAAUGUUGCUCCGACAGGUGAUGUCAUCAAACAGAUAAAUCAAAUGCUGGAAGAAAUAGAAAACAUACUUGGGCAAGAUAUGGUGGAGCAUGCGUUGUCUCUCAUAACUGCUGCAAAGACUGGUGUUACAGACUCUGAGAUAUUGGACAUUCUGGCACAUGACAGCAUCUUCCAUAGCACAGCUACAUACGUUCCAUGGGCUCCAGCCUGUCUGUUCUGGGCUAGGCUCAACAAGUACAUGGGACCUUUCUUGCGAUGGUCAGCUACAGCAGACUGCAGCACUGCUCAGUGGAAUGAUGAGAUGCUUCUGCAGACAGCUGCAAAACGGUAUUCACACAGGAGAAAGUGGGCUCAUGAGACACUAGUCCAGUAUUACCAGGGCAUUUGGUCAGAGAAGGAAAAUCCACAGCUGGUUGCACAUCUUUUAACACAACCUAAUAAUAGUGAUGGAUGCUAUAAUGAUCGGAAAUUGGAGGAAUUACCAUAUCAGCUGUACAAAGUGAAAGGUUCCAUAAAGGAAGAAUUCUUAUUAAAUGAUAAAUGGCUUUAUGACAAACUGUGUGGUUCUGACGUUCAUCAGGUGCUGGAAGAUUUUGCUUUGGAAGAAUCUAACCCAGAAACAUGGGAUGUGGAGCUAGAAUUGCUGCAGCAGUGCCUACAAGAGUGUGGUUCUGCACUUCUGUAUGAUGGAAGACAAAUGUACUCACAACUGUUGUGGAGGUUGCAGAACCAAAUAACCAGUAAAGGCGAAGUUGGGAUGCCGCACCUUUCAAACCUUCUGCAGAUUUGUCGAGAUCCUCCUGUCCCAUCAUUACUUCCUGUCAGCAAUGAAGGCUUAUUAUCUGAAGAAGAAGAACAAUGUUCAGACACUUGCAUUGACUUGAUUGCACGCCUUGGGAACUGUGCUGAUUUUGUAGCCACAGUGGCUACAGAACAUGAAGAAAUUGCUGUAUGGAGUGUGAGAACAAAUAAGAAGGUACGAACACUACAAGGAGUUACUCGACCAGGGGGUCUGCGUGCCAUUGAUUGGCGGCGGGCGGUUGUCCUCUGUCGGCGAGAACUGAGAGUUUAUGAUCUAGAUGCUGGUCGUCUAAUUGUUCGUCUGAAAGGAGUCAUGAAUCAAAAAAUGCCAUUUUUUGGACUACAUGAUGAUAGUCACCUAGUGGCUCUCUCUCGCAAUCGCAUGUAUGUUAAUUUGAUGGAUCUACGAACUGGGGACUGUGUGACAACAUUCAAGGCAGGAGAAGACCGCUUCCUGAAUUCACUUCUGGUUUCUGGUGAUGGCAGGGUUUUAGUGUGUGGUGAUGAAACACAAAAGCCAUUUCCACUACUUGUAUGGAACCUAGCAUCAAGGAAAUUGCUUUAUGAUCUACGUAUUCCACAUCAUGAUUUCAUCACAAGUUUAGCUGCAAUAACACAUGAAGGACAUUAUGUGUGCUGUGUAGCAAAGGAAGUGGAUGAACCAUCUCCAAAUUUCAUUGUUGUGUAUGAUUUACAAAGUGGCACACUAUUCAAGAAAUGGAAGCCUGGUGUGGAUACAGUUUCACUAGAUAUAUCUUCUCGUGAUGGCUGUGUGAUAAGUGGAUUGGAAGAUGCUCGUAUUUUGGUCUGGGACCUUGUCACAGGCAAUUGUCGCUGGAAUCUUUGUGGCCACACAGCUCCUGUGACAUUCCUGCGACUUGAUCCCCUUGGUGGGUCAUUCUUAUCAGCUGACAGUAGUUGUCGUGAUCGUUCCUUGCGUCUCUGGAGUCUUAGUAAAGGUGAGCUGCUGGCAGUCUACACCCCGGAGAAACCAGUGACGUCCUGUGAAGUGACAAGUGGGGGUUGUACUGUAGUGCUGGCGCUACGUGGCUGCUCCCACAUACUUACACUACAGCUGCAUGGGCCUGGUAUCCAGUCACCAACAGAUGGCGUGGUGACUUGUUACGGUGAUCCAGGACUGGAAGGAAAGGUUUUUAAUGUGGAGGAUGAAGAGAGGUGAUGCUCUGUGAACACAGUGAAAGGCAAAGACAGUGGUCUUAUAGGCAGCUGCAGUGCCGAAAAACAGUGUGGACAGUGAACUGUUAAGACAGAGAUCUGCAAUCAUGUUGAUAAUACGCUAAUCAUGGUGAGACAGUUACAGUGCACAGCAUGGAGUGCAUGACACAGAGUUGUUAUCCUUAUUCUGAAUCGUGAAGUUUUUUUUUUUUGUUUUUUUUUUUUUUUUUCCUGAUGUUGUCACUUGUCUUGUGAAGCAGAUAUUAUUUGGGAUUACAUUCUUGUGAGACCACCUGGACUGUUUUAACUCAUUGCUUGAUGCAACUGAACCUUUUGUGUUUGUGUGUGUGUGUGUGUGUGUGUGUGUGUGUGUGUGUGUGUGUGUGCAUGCAUGCAUGCACACAUACAGAGAGAAUUUUAUACAUCUUCAUUAACAAUGGAGUCAUAUUAUUUGACGGGCACAAACAUUUCAGGAAUAUGAUAUAUGUAAAUGUUCAGCUCUUGGUGACAAAUAUUUCCAUAAUUUGAUAUCUGUAACAUAACUAGUUCUUCCUGUAAUAGAAAUGUAUUUAAACUUCAUUUUCCUCUUUUGACAUUCUUUGCUGAAAUUUCUUCAUCACAGAAUUGAAAAUUUUCCUCUUGACCUUCUUAAUUGGAUCUAGUUCAUCACAGAACUCAACUCCAUUUCUCAUUAGCUUCUUCUCACAUUUUUGGAAAAGCCCAGCAGAAUGAAUCUUACAGAGUUAACUAAGAUUGGUGAAUCAGUUUGUUGUUGAAUCAGAUGCUGACCAAGAAAUAGCCAAAAUUCCUGGAGGCUGACAGAGGUUAUUGUGGUGAUACCAUGAUACUAGCACACAUAAUUUAUUUGUACCUAUACUUUUCUAUUAUUUUUUCAUAUUUUUGACUGCUUACUCUGAAUUUAUCUAAACUGUUAAACGUUUGGAAUAAUUUAAGGAAUGCUACUGAGAAUACUGGUUAUAUUUGAGCUCACAGGAACAAUGCUAUUAACUGAAUGGUUAACAUGAACAAAGCAGAAAUCCAUAAAUAGCAAUUUUAUUGAAUGUUGUAAUAUAAGUACAAUAUUUUAUUUUUGAAAAUUGAUGAAAAAUACUGAUAUUGGUUCCACAGACACCAAAUGGAAAAUCAUUUAUGACAUGUUACAAAGGGGGAGUUUAACAGACUGGUUUUAAAGAUUAUUUAAUUCAUUCAGUGUUUCAA